AGCACUGCCCCCUGUGAAAUUCCUGACUGCCAGGGUGAUUCCUCCGGUCACUGAGGGCUGCUUCCUACUGCAGCCAGCAUAGCGUGUACUCUGGGGCAAACUAUUUAAUAACCUCUGGAUAAAUGAACAACCACGGGAAUGAUAUCUCCAGCGAUAAAGGGUUGAUGUUUCCUCACCGGGCGCCCCCAGGGUCGCUUUCAAGCCUGACUGCGGACAGCUCGCCACCUCUGUCAGCCUCCUGAGCGAGCCCAUUGAUUGCCUGUAGCUCGACAGCCACGCGCAUAAGGUUCCUCUGCGUCUGGACAGCACUGCGUCACCAUGGACACAGAGUCCACCUACUCUGGCUAUUCCUACUACUCCGGACGCUCCCGGGGAUCCCACAGGCAUGGGGAGCGAAGCCGGGACAGGGACCGCCACAAGUCCCGCAACAAAGACAGCCGCUCAGAAAAGUCUGUAACGAUAAACACGCCGCCCGCAGAGCCCCUGCUGGGCGACUCGUCUGUCCGGGGUGAGCAGGUCCAGGAUGAUAACUGGGGCGAGACCACCACGGCCGUCACGGGCACCUCGGAGCACAGCCUGUCCCAGGAAGACAUCGUGCGCAUCACCAAGGACCUGGAGGACAGCGUGGGGCUGGACUGCCGCCGGUACUUCACCCUGACGCUGGCCGUGAUCCUGGGCCUGCUGGUGUUCCUGACGCCGCUGGCCUUCCUGGUGCUGCCCUACAUCCUGUGGCCGGAGAAGCUGCAGACCUGCGGCACGGCCUGCGAGGGCCUCUUCAUCUCCGUGGCCUUCAAGCUGCUCAUCCUGCUGCUAGCCGUCUGGGCGCUCUUCUUCAGGUCGCCGCGGGCCGGCCUCCCGCGGGUGUUUGUUUUCCGGGCGCUGCUCGCCGUACUGGUGCUGCUCUUUGUGAUGUCCUACUGGCUGUUUUACGGGGUCAGGAUACUGGACACACAGGACGAGAACUACCAGGGCAUCGUGCAGUACGCUGUGUCGCUGGUGGAUGCUCUGCUCUUCAUCCACUACCUGGCCAUCGUGCUGCUGGAGCUGCGGCAGCUGCAGCCGUGCUUCUCCGUCAGCGUCAUGCGCUCCACCGACGGAGAGAAGAGGCACUACAACCUGGGGCAGCUCAGCAUCCAGCGGGCGGCUCUGGCCAUCUUGGAGCACUACUACUGCGACUUCCCCGUCCACAACCCGGCGCUGCUCUCCGCCUCCAAGUCCCGCGCGGCCAAGCACCUGGCCGGCCUCAAGGUCUACAACGUGGAUGGUGAGUUCCCAGCAUCCCCGGCUGAUGGUCCGGGGAACAAUGCAGCAGCAGGGAUGGCUCACUCUCAGUCCAGAGCCAUGAUCGCAGCUGCCGCCCGCCGCAGAGACACCAGCCACAACGAGCUGUACUACGAGGAGGCGGAGCACGAGCGGCGCGUUCGCAAGCGUAAAGCACGACUGGUGGUGGCAGUGGAGGAGGCGUUCACACAUAUCAAGCGCAUGCAGGAGGAGGACCAGAAGAAGACUCCGGGGGACGUGAUGGACCCUCGGGAGGCGGCGCAGGCCAUCUUCCCCUCCAUGGCUCGCGCCCUGCAGAAGUACCUGAGGACCACCAAGCAGCAGCACUGCCACAGCAUGGAGAGCAUCCAGCAGCACCUGGCCUUCUGCAUCACCAACAACAUGACGCCCAAGGCAUUCCUGGAGAGCUACCUGAGUGCCGGCCCCACCCUGCAGUACAGCCGGAACCACUGGCUGGCCCGUCAGUGGACGCUGAUCAGCGAGGCGUCGGUCACCAGCGGCCUGUCGGACGGCAGCAUCUUCCAGCUGAAGUGUGUGGACUUCAGCCUGGUGGUGACCACCAAGAAGAUCCCGUACAUCCAGAUGUCGGAGGAAUACAUCGACCCCAAGUCACACAAGUUUGUGCUGCGGCUACAGUCGGAAACCUCCGUGUAGCACUCCAAACGUUCUCUUUUUUAUUCCUCACCCUCUCAGAUGUUUUCACUUUGGGUUUGCAGUUUUUAUUUGUACUUUUUUUGGAUUUUUAUAUAUUAUAUAUGAAUAUAAAUUACACUCAUGUUUGAAGAUAUUGAUCUUUAUAUGUUUGAUUUGGACGAAAUCAAAAGAGGCGGGAUAACGCUCGCGGCGGUUGGACUCGGACGCCUCGGACACGGUUACGCUCACCUGCAGCAGAGUGAGUGCAUCUGUGUGUGCACGUGUGUCAUUUUGGGUCAACACAAUCACUCCUUCCUUUUGCUGGAGACAAACCACUAAGGACGUCGAUGUUUUGACUUGGAUUUAAAUAUUUGAAACCUGAGGAAUAUGCUGCCUGUGCUGCGUCUUGUCUACAACAUUUGAAAGAAUUCAGACCCUCUUUUGGACGCAUCAGACGGAAGAACCAAAUGAAAUCCAUCGGGCGUAAAAACUUCAAUCAGACUUUGUAUCAAGUGCACAUUUAUGUUUGUUUCUAAAUUAAAAGACAGAAAGGAUGAUCCCAGCCUGCUCAAAAAGGACGUCGGACUGUUUUCCUCAUCCUUACUCCUACACCUGAAGAUCUCCAUGCUUACUCUCGCAGCCAAAGUGGGACAAGGUUCUUCUCCAGGUGCAAUGGAGCAGGACGACGGAUGUUUCCACUCCAGUUGGGAACAACACACACAUGUUAAACAACGGGUGAACUCCCGAUGAUGCGGAUCGUGAGAGACGCUCGCGGACGCAUGCCCAAAAACAUUUGCCCUGCCUCACCGGUUCACUAACCUUCUCAGGUCGCGAUGGAAAGGGAAGGCAGAGACAGAAAUAACCACGUCACUAAAAAAAUACUACUGAAUACUUCCUCUGCGGUUACUGAACUGAAGUUUAAAUAAAGUAUGUUCUCAGAUAAAAGCCCAGUCAAAAGGUCAUGUUGUUCACAUGACAUAUUGUUUUGUCAAAAUACCGUCAACAUUUCCUGAGGUUUUUCACAUUAAAAGCCCAACUACAUAGCCCCGUGCUUUUAAUUUGAAAAUUCUGGAGACUCUCUGCAUUGAUGGAAUAAGUGCUGUGGAAAUACAACAGGGCUACAUAAGGGCCACUAUUUGAGCAUGGACAGCACUUAAAGUAUGAUUUUAUCCUUAGGGCUCACACUGUUUGCUUGUAUGACUACAAUUCAUGCAGUCAGAGAUGACAAAGAGUGUGUGUGAAGGGUGGAACCUCCUCUUAACUAGUCUGUCUGGUUUCUUUUACUAGCUUGUCUCACAGUGAAUCCCUCCACCUCAGAGGAUCUUUCUUUCCCCUGAUUAAACCAGAAAAAUGUAAUUGAAGGGCACGCAAACAACACUAAUUGGUCAUAGCCUGAUGAGGCAUAUUAAAUAAAGUAUUUAAAGAGAAAGAUGUGUGAGCCUGAUUAGAUUUUCAGGGCUGUCUACUACUGCCCUCUGGCGGGGAAACCUGAUAUUGUCGGUGUGUGUGCCUGGAAGCAGCAGCAACACACUGCUCAUUUUAGCAACAAAAAAAAGGUGUCCACUUUUAAAACACCUGGGGAGAAUUUUCACUUUGCUGUUUUGAAAGGUCACAUUUUGUACCGGCAGAGGAGCUUUGUAUGACCCCGAUGUGACGGUGCCUCCUGUUUUUACACUGUAUCUAUUUAUGUAAACAUGCAUGUGUGUCUGAAUGUAUGUAUGCCAUUCCAGUUCACAUGACCCCAUCCCCCCCCGCCCCCACUCCUCUACAUCUCCACCAUGUGUUGCGCUGUUGCCAGGUUACAGUCCGCUGUUGUGGGACGGAUAGAUGAUGAUGUUGAUGAUGAUGCUUUGGCGUUUGCAGCAUUUGGUUCAGUUUCACAGCAUUUGUAAAAAACAAUAAACAUUUUUAUGAAUUUGUAA